AUGUGGCCAGUUUUCGAUCCGACCGCUUCUCCUCAUCCUCUCUCGCUGCAAGUACGACGACCUUGGAGGAACCACGCUCUUGUAUCUGUUGAGGAACGGGCUCUCGAAGCUCUACUUCCUGAGUAUGCCCGUCAAGCAUCCCGACGACCCUAUGAUGCGGACAGCCUGAUCGACCAGUUCGUGCUCGACUCACCGGAGCUAUGGCCCAUGACCAAGACCAACCCCCUGGUCGAAGAAGAGCUACGGAAUGUCUUUUAUUCGAUCCUUCAAGUGAGUACUUAGCGCCGGCCACUCUGAAGCCAGAAGCUUCACUGAAAUUCUCAGGCCAUGACCCGGUCUUGCCACGGCGAAGUGGACCGACUCGUCGCAACUCAUCUCAUGGAACGCCUCGACAAUUCCCUUGCAUCAGACGUGGGCAAAGCACGGCAUAUCGCCGAGCCAUUCUGCCACACAGAAGCCCAGCAUCUCUUCCGGGCACUUGCUGAAGCAUCCAAUCGUACCGGUAGCAGGCGAAUCGGAGAGCUGCUGGCCUCAUUCUUUCUCACUCGAGCUGCGACGUACAUCACCUCCACGGAAUCCUCACUCUACUUGGGCCAAUGGCUCUUCGCCAUCGUCCGCGCCAACAUGAGCGAACAACAUCGCCACGAAUGCUUCCGUCUAGCCAUGCGUAAACGCCCAGAUCUCGCCAUCAAGCUCGCAGGUCGAGGCUGGAAAGCGAACAAAGUCAUCGAGCAUCUUGACCGGGCUGGCGUGCAUACCGGUACUCGUGGUGGAGACCUCCUCGCGCUCAAUCUGCUCCCUGGACUCUCGAUUCGCAAUGGGAGGACGUGCCUUCGCGACAGUGGCUUGAGAUCUCCCUUAGAUGGUCUGGGUAAGCUCGAUGGUGGCGAUGAUGGCUUUUGGUUGGAGCGACUGGUCCUGGCGCAGGAGGAUGCGGCGAAGCAGGGAAGAAGGAUGUUGCAGCUGACAAUGGGGAGGAGGUAUGCGGAUCGUUUCGACCCGCCAGAUGCGCUGAACCUUAUGGGAGGACUGGGUGGACUGUCGUUUGGAAGAGAUGGACGCUUGCAUUGUGCUGAAGAAAGUGAGAUCUGA